UUCUCAACGGUGUUUCUGGUACGUACCCAUGGUGGAAUACGUUGUGCACUGAAACGAAUGUAUGUUAAUAAUGUGCCGGAUCUCAACAUAUGCAAGAGAGAAAUUACAAUUAUGAAAGAGUUAUCUGGGCACAAGAAUAUUGUGAGCUAUUUAGAUUGCGCUGUUAACUCUAUAAGUGAUAAUGUUUGGGAGGUGCUCAUUCUCAUGGAGUACUGUCGAGCUGGGCAAGUUGUCAAUCAGAUGAAUCAGCGUCUGCAGACAGGCUUUACUGAGUCAGAAGUAAUGAGAAUAUUUUGUGAUACUUGCGAAGCCGUUGCCCGGUUGCAUCAGUGCAAAACACCUAUAGUUCACCGGGAUCUGAAGGUGGAGAAUAUAUUGUUAAACGAUAGUGGGAACUAUGUUCUCUGUGAUUUCGGCAGCGCCACUAACAAAUAUCUUAAUCCUCAAAAAGAUGGUGUUAAUGUGGUUGAAGAAGAGAUUAAAAAGUAUACAACACUAUCGUACAGAGCUCCCGAAAUGAUCAAUCUUUAUGGAGGAAAACCAAUUACUACCAAGGCAGAUAUCUGGGCACUUGGCUGCUUGCUGUAUAAAAUUUGUUUCUUUUCACUUCCUUUUGGAGAAAGUCAAGUUGCUAUUUGCGAUGGAAGCUUUACCAUUCCAGACAAUUCCCGAUACUCUCAUAGUAUACACUGUUUGAUAAGAUAUAUGCUUGAACCAGAUCAAGAGCAGAGACCUGAUAUCUUUCAAGUAUCUUUCUUUGCCUUUAAACUUGCCAAAAAGGAUAAUCCAGUGUCUAAUAUUAAUAAUUCUCCUGUCCCUUCAACUCUUCCUGAACCCGUGACAGCUAGUGAGGCAGCUGCUAGAAAAAGCCAAAUAAAAGCAAGAAUAACGGAUACUGUUGGACCAACAGAAACCUCAAUAGCACCGCGACAAAGACCAAAGGCCAAUUCAAGCACUGCCACUUCUAGUGUGCUGACAAUCCAGAGCUCAGCAACUCCAGUCAAAGUACAAGUUCCUGGUGAAUUUGGUAAUCGUGGGCAAAAAGGAACCAUGCGACCAGGGAAUGGACAAGAAAUCUUACAGUCCCAAGGGACCAACCAGCACCCACCACAGCAGAACCGAGUUCUCCAGCAGCUGCAGCAGGGCGACUGGAGACUACAGCAGCUACACCAUUUACAUCACCAGCAACAGCAGCAGCCUACGAUUCAGGAUGCUUACAUUCAGCAGUAUCAACAAGCAAUGCACCAGCAGAUGGUCCAACAGCAGCUGUUGAUGCAGUCUGUGUACCAGCAGCAACCUUCCCAAUCUCAGUAUCCUGCUAUGGUGCAGCAGUAUCAGCAGGCUCUCCUACAGCAGCAGAUGCUUGCUCAGCAGCAGCAGCGGUCACAACAGGUGCAGUCUCCUGAAUAUAUCACUUCUCCACAAGACUUCUCACCAGCCUUAAUCUCCUACCCUGGGUCACUUCCAGUGCAUGCUGGAACAGUCGUAGAUUCUCCCUGCCCUGCAAGCAGGUCAGGUAUUCGUGAUGCUGAAGCAAUUGCCAGUUACCCAAAGCAGAGCAUCAAUAACCCACCUGAUAUGUCAGGCUGGAACCCAUUUGGAGAGGACAAUUUUUCCAAGUUGACAGAGGAGGAGCUGCUGGACAGAGAAUUUGACCUGCUAAGAUCAAACAGGCUGGUGGACAGGAGAGCAUCUUCAGAUAAGAAUGUGGAGCCACAUUCUGCUCCACAGAAAAAUCCUCCUGAAGAUCCCUUUGGUUCUGUUCCUUUCAUUUCUCACCCAGGUUCCCCUGGAAAACGAGCGGAUAACUCAGCCAGCAAUCAAGGAAAUAAUUUAGGGACCCCAACCAAGGCUGGAAGACUGAGCCAUGCUUUUAGGGAUCCCCGGCCAGGGAGGAAGACUGCAGAGGGCCAAGUGACAAAAGGUGGAGAUGAGUCAGAGAGUGAUUUUGAAUCUGAUCCUCCGUCUCCCAAGAGCAGUGAGGAAGAAGAAGAGCAGGAAGAUGAAGAAGUCUUGCAAGGGGAGAAUGGAGACUUCAAUGAUGACAAUGAUACGGAACCAGAGAAUUUAGGCCACCGACCUCUCCUCAUGGACUCUGAGGAAGAGGUGGAGGAAGAGGAGGAAGAGAAGCAAAGUUCUGACUCCGAUUCUGAUCGUACCAAGCAAAAAUCCGUAGAAGGGCUCCUGAGCAGUAGAUUCAGAGAUGGUGUGGGCAGCGGUGAAAUCAAAGAACCUAGUUCAAUGCAUACAUCCUUCUCUGAGGUGCCAAGUACUGUAAUCAAGGUGAACCCUGGCCAAGAAGUUGAUGUGUUUGGGGCAGUGCCCUUUUUUACUCUACAGCCUCAGGCAAGUGAGAAGAUGGACAAAGAUGUCUCUUCACAGACGGCUUUUCCCAGCCUGAGCCAAGAGCAGGAUGACUUUGACGUUUUCACAAAAGCCCCCUUUAGCAAAAAGGUGUCUCAGCAAGAUGGCCAGGUAGCAGGAACUGAGUCUCUGCUCUCUCCCGCCUCUCCACGGAGCGUCGAUAUUUUUGGCUGCACCCCGUUUCAGCCUUCCCUUCUCCCCAAGACCGGUGGGAGUAAAGAGGACCUGUUUGGGCUGGUUCCUUUUGAAGAGAUCACAGGCAGUCAGCAGCAGCAGAAGGUGAAGCAGCAGCGUAACCUGCAGAAACUUUCUUCCCGCCAGAGGCGCAUGAAACAGGAGGUCUCGAAGAACAAUGGUAAGCGCCACCACGGCACCCCAACCACCACAAAGAAGGCAUUGAAACCGAGCUACCGCACCCCUGAGCGAGCCCGCAGGCACAAGAAAGCAGGCCGCAGGGACUCGCAGAGCAGCAACGAGUUCCUGACUAUCUCGGACUCCAAAGAGAACAUAAGCGUCGCGCUGACUGACAGCAAAGAUCGAAGCAACUCUCUGCAGACAGAUGACAGUCUGCUGGACCCAUUUGGAGCCAAACCCUUCCACCCGCCGGACUUGAUGCGGCAUCCCCAGCAUCAAGGGUUUGGUGACAGCCGCGGGGAUCACAGCACGGUGGUGGUGGCUGGUAGACCUAGGCAGAGCUCCUUGCACGGAGCCAUUCAUGGUGGUGACGGGCUGAAAACAGAUGACUUUGGUGCAGUACCCUUCACAGAACUGGUUGUUCAGAGCGCACAGGGCCAGCAGCAACAGGCGCUAGAGUUAGAUCCCUUUGGAGCAGCUCCGUUUCCUUCCAAACAGUAA